UCAAAUUUGACUGCCGUAAACCCGUAACAGCUCUAUUGUUUCUGCUGUUUUGUGUGUUUCUGUAACCGUCACUCUGCCCAAAGCGCACUUUCCAAACGACGACGUAUCCAUCCAGAUCUCCACCUUCACGGUCGGUGGCUCCCUUUCCGCCACCGUCCCACGCCCACCUUCCGAGAUCGCACAUUCCUCUCUACCAGUGACAGUUAAGGAGGUUUGGAUUUGAAACAGUUCCUGAAAAGACAUGGAAGUCAACAAUUGGUAUAAGGAGCUAGCAUAUGACCAGUGGGCACCGAUCCCUGUAUCCGGUAUGCGUCCACCAGCGCGCUAUAAGCAUGCUGCCACAGUAGUCGAUGAGAAACUAUACAUUGUUGGUGGAAGUCGAAAUGGGCGGCAUUUAUCUGAUGUUCAGGUUUUUGAUUUGAGAAGUUUGAUAUGGUCUUCUCUGAAAUUGAAAGCAAAUGCUGGUAGCAAUGAUAGCAGUGCCUCCCAGAAGACUUUUCCAGCCACAUCUGGUCACAAUAUGAUUAGGUGGGGUGAGAAACUUCUACUUAUUGGUGGAGAUUCAAAGGGUUCUUCUGAUAAAUUAGUGGUUCGAUACAUUGACAUCGAGACAUUGCAGUUUGGAGUUAUCGAGACUUCUGGAAGCAUUCCAGUAGCUUGUACAGGACAGUCUGCCACAUUGGUUGGUUCAAAAGUGCUAUUAUUUGGGGGAGAAGACAUGAAGAGGAAGUUGCUGAAUGAUGUCCACGUUCUUGAUCUGGAAUGUAUGACUUGGGAUAUGAUAAAGACUGUGCAAGAACCUCCAGCUCCGAGAUUCGACCAUGCAGCUGCCAUGCUAGGAGAUCGGUACCUUCUGAUUUUUGGUGGUUGCUCUCAUUCUGUUUUCUUCAAUGAUCUUCACUUAUUGGACAUGCAAACUAUGGAGUGGUCCCAACCACAAAUUCAAGGCGAUACAGUAUCUCCCAGGGCUGGGCAUGCUGGUAUUACCAUUGAUGAAAGCUGGUUCAUAGUUGGUGGUGGAGAUAAUAGUAGUGGUUGCCCUGAAACCUUGUUAUUAAACAUGUCUAAGCUGGUUUGGUCGGUAGUGACUGUUGUGAAGCAAAAAGAUCCACUUUCUAGCGAGGGUUUGAGUGUCUGCUCAACAUUGAUUGGUGGGGAAAAGUAUUUGUUAGCUUUUGGUGGGUAUAAUGGGAGAUAUAGCAAUGAGGUUUUUGUUAUGAGACCCAAGCCAAGGGAUUCCCUGCGUCCUAAGAUUUUCCAAUCACCAGCCGCUGCCGCCGCUGCAGCUUCUGUUACUUCUGCUUAUGCUUUGUCUAAAUCUGAGAAGUUAGAUUUCAGGCAACUAGAGGAUACAAAUUCCAAACCUCCCAUUAAUGGUCAUCCUAUGGAUGAUAUCUCAGUUAAAGUCGAAGCCAUUAAAGAAGAGAAAAGGUUACUGGAAUUGUCAAUCACGGAAGUCAGGGCUGAAAAUACUAAGCUUGGAGGUGAGAUAGAUGAAUUAAAUAAUGUUCAUGCUGAGUUAAGCAAGGAACUCCAGUCAGUACAGGGACAACUUGUGGCUGAGAGAUCAAGGUGCUUUAACCUGGAGGCAAAAAUUGAAGAACUCCAAAAGCUGAUGGAAUCAAUGCAGUCAGUGGAAGAACAGGUACAGGCUCUUCGGAAGGAGAAGUCUGCUAUAGACCAGGAGAUGGAGCAUGCUACUACCGGUCAAAGACAGGGUUCUGGUGGCGUUUGGAGAUGGCUUGGUGGGGGUGGUGAAUGAUAAAAAGUAUGAGGGCAAUGGCAACUAAAUUGAUCUUGGUUGAGUCCGAGGAACCUGAACUUUCAUACAAGCAAAAAAUAUUAUUGUGUUGUUUCAGUUCAUGCAGAAAUAUGGCAUUUCCUUGUUACAGAACUCUGUGGUGUUAUCUUUGAAAUGCAUGAUGGUAAGAUGUUGAACUCAAAUUUUGAACUGAUAUAAAACUUUCAGGAGAUGGGUACAUAACAGUUUUUGUAUUUGUAUCUCGUACUACUUUUUUUGGUUUUGGAUACACUUGUAAGUUGCAACAGUUAUACUAUUAUCUGAUUAGUUUCAUGCU